AUGACGUGGCAGAUCGUCAUUCAUCUCCUUCCUCUAUAAAUCCAUUUCUCUGCAACUUCACUCAGAAAAAAAGGGGAAAGAAUAAUACCAAAAAGGACAAAGAAGAAGGCUGAACCCGGAUCCGACCCAGUCGGACUCUCGUUCUUCCUCCCCUCUCAUCUGCUUCUGUGGAGGUUUCUUCAAUCCAUCGCAGACAGAUAGAGAGAGUGAGAGAGAGAGAGAGGGAGAUUGUGUUAUUAUAUUCAUAAUCCACACAACAAUUUCAGUCUUCUUGAAUUAACUAUCCUGAUAUCAGCUUCUUUGGUAACUCCUUGCAGCUUGCUUAGGGACUUGCUGUUAUAUCAGGAGAGGAAAAUAAAAUGGGUAGUUGUGCAUCAACUCAGCAUAAAACAGUCCAUGAAAAGAAACCACGACAUAUUCGUUCAAGAAGGUUCUCUAAAUCAAGGAAGAAGAGAAGUGACAAAGGCAGUUGUGUUGCUGUUAGUGAAAUUGUUCAAACAACUACUUGUACACAAAGCAAUGAUACCAAUUCCACUGUCCAAGUCACUCAGGUGGAAUGGCACCAGAGUCAAAUUGAUACUAAUGUGACUGGCCAAGAAGAAUCAUGGUUUGAUCCCACCAGCAAACUUGAAGAUUCCGAUUCAGAUGACUAUGGUAGUGUGGAUGGAGAUGGAGAAGUGAUUCAGUAUGAGACAUCUUCAUGCAUUGUCGAUAACGAAGGCAAGUACCAGGAAAGCUAUUUGAAAAUAGAUGGCUGCAAAACAGAGAGUAUGUUGUGCAAAGAUGGACUUGGGGGACAUGAACUUUCACUCUUGAGAAGUAAAGGUGAUCCACUUGAGAUGCGCAAGAUGUUAGACUGUCAUCAUGGGAGUUUGAAUGGUAUAAACAAUGUUGUUAUCGAGAAAGCCCAAGCCAAAAUCUUGAAGUCUGGCACAGGUAAACAGACUGAGACAAGGACAGUUAUCAAGCUUUCAUUAAAGAGAACUUCAGUUGAUGGAGAAGAAGCCAAUGAAUUCCAAUCUUCGAAUAAGUUCUUUUAUCACCCCCGAGCAGGACUCUUGAUCCCAUGUUGUACCGAUGAGAAGCCGACUCCUGGAUGUUGGUCUGCUAUUGAUCCCUCAUGUUUCACUCUCAGAGGCGAAACCUUUUUUCAAGAUAAGAAGAAAAGCCCAGCCCCGAGUUAUUGUCCUUAUACUCCAUUCGGUGUUGAUCUCUUUGUGUGUCCAAGAAAAGUUAACCACAUUGCCCAACACAUUGAGCUUCCUUCUUUAAAAGGAGAUGGCAAUUUGCCGCCUCUCUUGAUCGUCAAUAUUCAGUUGCCCACCUAUCCUGCUUCCAUGUUCCAUGGAGAUGGUGAUGGUGAGGGAUUGAGCCUUGUUCUAUAUUUCAAACUCUCUGAAACAUAUGAGGAAGAUAUCUCUCCUCAAUUUCAAGGGUUAAUCAAGAGUUUCGUUGACGAUGAAAUGGAAAUAGUGAAGGGAAUCAGAAAAGACACUGUUGUACCUUUUAGAGAAAGGCUAAAGAUCAUGGUUGGUGUUGUCAACCCUGAUGACCUUGUGUCAAACAACACUCAGAAGAAGCUUUUGCAUGCAUACAAUGAAAAACCCGUCCUUUCACGUCCUCAACACGAAUUUUAUCAGGGUCCCAAUUAUUUUGAAGUUGACCUGGACAUUCAUCGGUUUAGUUACAUAGCAAGGAAGGGAUUAGACGCAUUUCGUGAUCGCCUGAAAAAUGGGAUAUUGAACUUGGGCCUCACAAUUCAGGCUCAGAAACCAGAAGAGUUACCAGAGACAGUGUUAUGCUGCUUGAGAUUGAACAAGAUUGACUUUGUAAAUCAUGGUCAAAUACCCACUAUUAUGGUCAACUCCAAGGAUGAAGAUUAACACUCUUUUGACUUCUUGACCUUUUG